AUGUCCCGCCUGCUGCAUGCAGAAGAGUGGGCUGAGGGGAAGGAGUUGGGGGACCACCAUCGUCAUCCCCAGCCGCACCACCUCCCGCAGCCGCCGCCACCCCAGCCUCCUGCGACCCUGCAGGCGAGAGAGCAUCCGGUCUACCCGGCGGAGCUGUCCCUCCUGGACAGCACCGACCCACGCGCCUGGCUGGCUCCCACUUUGCAGGGCAUCUGCACGGCACGCGCCGCCCAGUACUUGCUCCAUUCCCCAGAGCUGGGUGCCUCCGAGGCCGCCGCGCCCCGGGACGAGGCGGACGCCCGAGGGGAGCUGGUGAGAAGGAGCGGCGGCAGUGGCAUCAGCAAGAGCCCGGGACCGGUAAAAGUGCGGGAACAGCUGUGCAAGCUGAAAGGCGGGGUGGUGGUAGACGAGCUGGGCUGCAGCCGCCAGCGCGCCCCUUCCAGCAAACAGGUGAACGGGGUGCAGAAGCAAAGGCGGCUGGCGGCCAACGCCAGGGAGCGACGCAGGAUGCACGGGCUGAAUCACGCCUUCGACCAGCUUCGCAAUGUUAUCCCGUCCUUCAAUAACGACAAGAAGCUGUCCAAGUACGAGACCCUGCAGAUGGCCCAGAUCUACAUCAACGCCUUGUCCGAGCUGCUUCAAACCCCCAGCAGCGGAGACCAGCCGCCGCCGCCACCAGCAUCUUGCAAGAGCGACCACCACCACCUUCGCGCCGCCGCCCCCUACGAAGCAGGCGCGGGCACCGCGACUGCAGCGGGGACGCCGCCAGCCUCGGGAGGGGCUCAGCGACCGACCCCUCCCGGCAGCUGCCGGACUCGCUUUUCGGCCCCGGCCUCCGCUGGCGGUUACUCGGUGCAGCUGGAAGCUCUGCACUUCUCGACUUUCGAGGACAGCGCCCUGACGGCGAUGAUGGCGCAAAAGAACUUGUCGCCUUCGCUGCCUGGGGGCAUCCUGCAGCCAGUGCAGGAGGAAAGUAGCAAAACUUCCCCCCGAUCCCACAGAAGCGACGGGGAGUUUUCCCCCCAUUCCCAUUACAGUGACUCGGAUGAGGCAAGUUAG